UUCAGUACCUUUCGUAGAACUAUCUCAAUAUACCUCAAUAUCAAUCAUGCAAAGUGCUGUCUUUACAACAAUUAUACUCUGUUGCCUAUUUUAUUUCAUUUUAUGGUCUUUCCGCGGAAUAAUCUUCUUCUCCCACGUUAAAAAAACCUGACUUUUUUCUACUCAUUAUUGUAUUUCCACUAAACUGGCAAUCUGUAACAAUUUCCCUCAAAAGUUGCCUCUCAACCCACCUAAAUUCUGCUGACGAUCAAUGAUUGCAGCACACUUUUCCAACUUUUCCAGAACUUAUUCAUUUUUCCAACCUGAGUUCUGCUUAAAUAUCGCCUGUAAUUUCCCAUUCAAUUUUCACCAUUAGUUAGUGCCCUGCCCAAAGAUUUGAUUUUUGAUCUGUUUUCUUUUUAAUCUUCACAAUGUGAUGUUAAUUUAUGGAUAUGUUGUGUGUAACAAUCUAAUUUUAUCCCGGUUGUCUGCGAAAAGUCCGCCUCAAGGGAUUUUAAGCUCUUUGGUCAUGAAAACAGAAUUAUUAUAGCACCCUAAUUUUGAAAUUUUCAUUUGCGGUUUUCUCAAGGUACUAAAGAAGAAGAACAGAAAAAUGGUAACAUUGGUUCCUGGAAUUUUGUUAAAAUUACUGCAGCACAUGAAUACAGAUGUAAAGGUAGGUGGGCAGCACAGAUCAUCUGUAUUGCAAGUUGUGAGCAUUGUACCUGCACUAACAGGUGGUGAUCUCUUCUCAAAUCAAGGGUUUUAUCUUAAGGUAUCAGACUCUGCCCAUGCUACUUAUGUGUCUCUGCCUGAUGAACAUGUUGAUCUCAUUCUUAGUGAUAAGAUUCAAUUGGGUCAGUUUCUAAAUGUUGAGAGGCUUGAGGCUGCCUCACCUGUGCCUAUUCUUAGAGGGGUUAGGCCAGUCCCAGGGCGCCACCCUUGUGUGGGAACCCCUGAAGAUAUAGUUGCAACUCAUUCUUUAGGUUUCCUCAAUAAAAAUGCUAAUUUGUCAUCAAAUUCAAAAUCAUUACGGAAAUCCAAUUCACUUUCAAAGUUAUCGAGCAAUAAUGUGGUGAAAGAUAAUAAAUCUUCCUCCUUGAGAUUGAAUGGUAGUGCUAAAGUAGAUAGAAUAGAUAAGAAGGUGUCUGGAUUGACUAAAUCCUGGUCUCAGUCGUCGAAGGUAGAUUUGACGUUGGAUGUGAAGAAGGAAUCCGUAAAAAAAUCGAAGUCUUCGAGUUUGAGGUCAAUACCCUCGUCACCCACGAGCUGUUAUUCAUUGCCACCUUCGUUUGAGAAGUUUGCAAAUGGGGUCAAUAACCAGUCAAAGGUCAAGGGGUUGGAGAGGUUGGAAAAGACACCCACUAAAUUGAAACAAGAGGAAAAGGUGGGUUCUACUCACAGGAUAAGUCCAACCACGAAGAAGGUGUCUAGCGGGAGCUUGAUGAAGAACUUUGUUCAAGGACUUCCGUUGGGACCAAAGGCACUGAGAAAGAGCUGGGAAGGAAAUAUGGACAUAAAGGGUUGGGAAAGUCCCAGAUUGAAGGUCAAUAGGCACGAUUUGAAGCCAGAGGCUUGGAGUAGUUCUGUGCCAAGGAAAUCAACAAGCAAAAGGUUGCCAUCUAGAGGAAAGAAUAAGGCUGGCAAUAAGGCUACUGCAUCUGUAAAGAAUGAUUCUGCCAACAGAGAUUUGGUUGAUAUUGACAAUUCAACUGGACGGAGAUCUGUUGAGAAGAAGUUAUCUGGGGAGGUUGCUAAUCAUGGAUUACCGGGGAACUUGAUAAACGUUUCCUCCAGUAACAGGAGAUCAACAGCUGGAAGUGUUUCAUGGUCCUCACUCCCAUCUUCGCUCAUAAAGCUGGGGGAGGAAGUCUUAAAGCAUAGGGAUGUGGCUCAAACAGCUGCCAUAGAAGCAAUUCAAGAGGCUUCUUCAGCAGAAAGCUUACUGCAAUGUUUAAGCACAUACUGUGAGUUGAGUUCCUCUGCAAAAGAAGAUAACCCACAGCCUGCUGUGGAGGAGUUUUUGGCUAUGCAUUCAAACUUGAAUAAUGCUCAACUAGUUGCCAAUUCUUUUUCAAAAGCUAUUACAUUCAAUUCUUCAGCUAAUGAAGAAAAUUCAUCAAAAGAAGCACUGAAGGUCACAUCAGAGCGACGUAAACAGGCAGCUUCUUGGGUUAAUGCUGCAUUAGCCACCAAUUUGUCAUCCUUCACAAUAUACUGCAAACCAGGUACCUCAAACUCAGCAACAACAAAAAUUCUAGCUCUAAUCCCAGAGACUAAUCCCGUUCAUCAACCCAUAUUAUUCCUUGAAAACUCUACUAAAAACCUAGCAUCGAAAAGCCUGUCCAAACCCCGACAGGCCGCAAACUCCAAGAACAUUUCAUUAGGAACUAAGCGCCAGCUAGCUGAUGGGCCGACUGCAGGUCAGAAUUCAAGAACUUCCCCUCCAGUUGUAUGGAUCAAAGGAGAUGGUGUUAAUGAGGCUGUCGACUUUGCUGCAAUGUUGAAAUCGGAAGUGCAAAAUUGGUUCUUAUGUUUCGUGGAAAGAUUCUUGGAUGCUGAUGUUGAUGAGUCGACUUUGUCAGACAACGAUCAGAUAACUGGCAUGUUAAGUCAGCUCAAGAGUGUGAACGACUGGUUGGAUGAAAUUGGAUCUAGCAAGGAUGACGAGAUGCCUCAUAUCUCGACUGAGACAAUCGAUGGGAUAAGAAAGAAAAUUUAUGAGUAUCUUCUCACCCAUGUAGAAUAUACUGCGGCAGCACUCGGCUGUGGCUCACAAUCAUCACCACUAACAAAAAAAUGAUAUCCACCAUAAACACGCGGCCCUUCGUUAAAUUGCUAAGCGGUUAAGGCAGUUUAUUGUACAUAUAACCUGCAGUGGGUUGAUAUAGGCAUUGAAUACGCACUAUUGGUAAGAAGGCUGGCAUUCAUUGACU